AUGGCAGAUACACAGCCGGCGAACAUAUCAAUGUAUCAAGACUUUUUAAUGAAGUUUGCGCAGCAGCAACAAUCUCCGCUGCAGAAGAACUUGCUACAGACAAAUCCACUUCUUCAUCAGAUGCAGCAGCAAAUGCAAAGAGAUCGUGCUACAAAUGAGCGAAAUUCGGUCGGUGAAAACUCGGCUGAAUCGGUUUCACCGGUUUCGUCCGGUGCUCCUGCUACGUCCAGAGAUUUGCUCAAUGCCCUGGCUGAACAAAAGCUCCCGACUUUGAUGAAACAAGAGACGCCAAAGACUCCCAGACGAAAUGAUCAAAAAGAGCAGCACAAGUGUCCCAAAUGCGACUACAUGACCCCGUGGAAGUCGUCCAUUGCCACGCACAUGAAGCUCAAGCAUUCCAACGAGCGACCUUGGCGAUGCGACAUUUGCUCCAAAGCGUAUAAACUCAAGCACCAUCUCAAAGCGCACAUGGAAGGAUCUCAUGCUUCAGAAAAACCCUAUCAAUGCAAACUUUGUGUUUUCAGCUGCAUCGAUUCGCGCACGCUGAAUAAACACAUGUUCAACAAGCAUGGUCGUCAGAAUCCGCUCAAGCACGGCUCUGGAAUGCUCGGUGGAGCCGGAGGGCCAAUGCGAGGCCGCGUCCUCCCCAAUAUGCUUCCAAUGAGUCGACCUUACGAUCCAACUGGUUUUACGAACCCAUGGGCCCGUAAAGACAUGGGACUUGGUCGCUUGCCCAACCAUCUUGCUGGACUCAACCCUGGUCUUAUGGGAAAUCCCAUGGACAAUCCAAUGGUCAACCCGAUUUCAUCUGACCCCGCAGCGCUGAUGGCUCAGAUUCAGAAGAACCAAGAAAUGUUUGCGGCCGCACAGGCGCAAGAAAACGCGCUCAACAAUCCCAUGCUCACACCUAACUCGAUGCUUCUUCAACUGGCUGCUUCUAUGCAGCGACAACUUCAAAAUAGACUUCAACAACAGGCUCAAACCUCUAUUGCUGGCCCAAUCCCCACUACAUCGCCACUUCCAAUGCCGUUCUCAGCCGGUCAAAUGCAGCCCCAGCCAGUUGCAAGUCCUCCUACCCAGGCAAUCGUCCAGGAAGUUGUUUCCAAUACUGGCACUCCUGCUGGAUCCCGACCUGGCUCCGUUGUCGGCUCCAACCCAGAAGAAGCUCAAGUUAUUGUAAAGACAGAAUCUGUCGAUGAAGAUGGUCCCUCUACCAGCCCAGCAAUCGUCACUCCUGAAAACAACGACAUCAACGGAAACACUGAGAUCCCGCCACCAGCACUCACUCCCCGGAGCACCGCCUCCGGCCAGGAAGUCGUCGUCGAGCCAGCUUCACCUCUGGGAGAAGACUCUGGUCUUCAGAUCGCUGAUCAGACUAUCGCCACAGAGGCUUCCGAAGCUCGUUCCGCUUCAGUCAAGUCUGAGAAAAUCGACGACGGUGCUAAAUCCACCCACUCCGUUCACUCAAACGCUUCUGCUUCACGAAAACGCAAGCUCGAAGAUCCAGGAAUUGGACACAUGAUGUCGGAGCAGUUGUUACAGCAGCGACUUGCACAGGCGGCUCGGCCAAACAUACCAUUCCCAUUCGGCUUAUCCCAAUUCCAGGCACGCGAGCGACGCCCCUCAGGCGGAUCAUCCGACGAGUUGAGCCCGCCAGCCGCCAGAGCAGCACUUGGCGCCCAAAUGCACGCAUCUAUGGCAUUACAAAGAAUGCAAGGCGGCGAUUUCUUCAGCCAGCUCGCUCAGCUCCAGCAACUCAUGGGAGCCAACCAGAACGCUCCAAUGCAGCCUUCGCGAUGUGAACAAUGUCAGAUCACCUUCCCUGAUCCAAUUAUGUACAUGGCACAUGUAGACAUGCACAAGAAUCCCGCCAUUCAUCCCUUUCAAUGCUCGCGAUGCAAUCACAUGUGCAAAGACCGAACCGAGUUCUUCCUUCACUUCAGAAACAACGAGCACCAAGAACACUAA